CCUGCUGCCCCCUCUUCCCUUCCACUACAAUUCUUCUCUUCGUUUAGCAUUAUCACCAACACCCCAGCCCUGUUGCUCGCAUUGUCCUUGCUCCGGAGCCGCACCCAGCUUCCUUUGCUUUAAUUUAGCUGGUGUUUGAGUAUAUGAGGGGACAAUUGGGAGCCUCCAUUCCUCCAAGCCCAAAUCAUUCUCAGCCCGAUUGCUAUCCAUCGCCUCGAGCCUCCGAAAUGUCCUUCUACGAACCCCAGGCCUGGCAGGCUCCUGUCCGGCAGUCCUCUUGGGAGCAGCCUCCUCCACCAUCAAGAUCCGGCGCAAGUUCCGCCUCCCAGAGGGAAGACACGGUCGCAUUCACAACCCAAUUCGAAGAUGUCGAUCGAGCCAUCGACAACCUUGUCAAGAGCGGGAAAAUUUACGCACCCGGGUCUCGCGCAAUGCCACCUCAUACUUUCCGGCCCGGUGCGGACUUUGCCCAUCGACCACACCAUGGCAGGCAUCCUGGUCCUGAUUUUGACCACAACCGACCGCAUCAAGGUGGCCAUGUGCAGAAUUUUUAUGCGUCACAGCGCCAUCAAGGCCGACACAAUGAUGGAGACUCAAUGCUUCAGGCUAAGAAAAGGAUGGCGGCUCAACGGGAAAGAGAGCUCCGCAACUACCAUCAGGAACAGCAAUACAAUCGUAGUAAGCACCAGACACAAAACUACAUGUGUCAAUCCAUACUAAACUCAAUAGGUGUCUUGUCGGAGAUGUCGUCCACCAAGUCAGACCGAUCAAUGAGUCCCAGUACUCUUAGUGAAGAGGGCCGCCGUGAUUUGAUUGCACGCCAACAUCGAGCACUCUAUGGCGGUGAAGGAGCAGCGUUUGUAGGCCAAACACCUUUUGAAAACGUGAGCCCAAGAGAACAACAAACACCGGGCUCCAACACCACGCCGGGGGCUGUGAGAGGGCCAUCACCCUUCGGCACUGGGGCACACGCGGAAGUUCCAGGUUCAGCUGCAAAUGCGGGACAGGAUGGUCGCCCAGAGAAGGCCGGGUCGCCUUCUGCUCAAACCGCACCAGGGUUUGGCUCAUUUGACUCACAGCUUCAAUCAUCGGGUCCGAAGUCUUCGAGUCCGACCUCAGGUGAAGAGACAUCCCACAGCCGCCAGAUCUCCAAGUCAACCACCGCCCCAAUCUCGGGCGCCAUGGGCCCUAUUGGAAGUCGUCCAAAUGCAGGGGCUGCGCCCAACCAAGCACUAAAUAAGCGAACGACAUCACCCUUACCUGCGUCUUUGGGAUACGGCUUUGGAAGCAAUGAUCAAAACAGCGACCGGGCUGCAUCUUCCAACUCCAACACGAAUAACCAGAAAGAGUCUUCUCAGCCCGGGAUAGGGGCUUGGGGAACGGGAAGCGGCGUUUGGGGAAACAAUAAAAUUGGGACAACCUCUGUAUGGGGUUAGUCGAGCACGAACGACAUGAACAGGACAGGAUCAUUGGAUACCAGGAGCUGGGUGUUUGCCUGCAGCAUGUCUUUGGCGUACAGCUCAUGAGGUGAAGCGGGGGUUGCAUAUCACGGCUUACGAUGCAUGUUGGUGUUAUCCUGGAUCUCCUUGCAUAGCGUCAUCUGGGUUGAGCCUGUCUAAUUCGAGUGGAAUCGUUCCGGGCAGUGGGUGCAAAGGAAAACAUGGACAACGACGGACGAGGUGUUUUGGGACGCAUGGAGAACUAUAAUCGCGGCGGAGGAGUGGAUUGAAGAGAUAUAUGGUUUGGGUUUGGGGCUCGGGCGCUGUCGACCGAGGACCGGACACAGAACUGGUUGCGCAAAAUGUUAUCACGAUCACGAGUGGUGAUGUCGUGCUGGGGGAGGGAAUGACUUCUCUGCUAUUCGGCGCACAGAGGAGAAUCAAGGAGAGGAAAUAACACCUGGCGGGAACGAGUUGAAUGUGGGUGGCGAGCGACGCCAUAAGCGUUUGAAUUACACCCGCAGUGCGGAGGAGGGGUUUUAAUCUGCUACCUAUGAUCCUUUUGGUUGCGGGAAGGUCGGUUGAUUGGCACGGGCAAUGUUACAAGGGGUUGGUCGUGGGAAUACGUUACAAUGGGCAAGGGUGUUUGAUGCAGUCUAUCACCAACAGAUUGUAUACUUGGAUGCACACAAGAGCAGGAGCAGCGGUAGGGUUUUCCUUAUUACUUUGGUACACACGUCCGGCGAAUGGGACGAAUGUCUGGAAUCCAUGAUCUUAACAACUACG